AUGAAAGCAGCCCUAAUAUCAGACUCGUAUGAAGGUGUUUCCACACUGGAUGUGAAAGCGGUGGAAAAUGCAGCAUUUAAGAGGAAAACUAGAUCUGUUCUUAUGCUAACUGAGAGUAUCUUCUCAUAUGGGUUUUUUUGCCCGAAUUUUGCAGUGGAGGAGGUGGCGGUCUUUUUUGGUGUUGUCGAGACUUUUGAGGGGGUUCCAGACGAUUUGGCAGUUGCUUUUGCUGGUGUGGUGGUCGCCGUUGCUUCACCUUCGUUCGCGCCUUCAGUGGCAUCAGACUUUUCGGCAGCUUUCUUUUUCACAGUCUUCUUCUUUGGUGGAACUGCAGGGGCGGUUUUGGUUUUCGGCUAA